AUGGUGGAGAUGCCGGUGGAUCUUCUGGAGCCUCCGAAGUUCAAGCAUAAGCGUGUUCCGAAGGCCUCGGGGUCGCCGCCGGUGCCGGUGAUGCACUCUCCGGCGCGGCCGGUGACGGUGAAGGACCAGCAAGAUUGGAAGAUUCCUCCGUGUAUUUCGAAUUGGAAGAAUCCGAAGGGUUACACUAUUCCUCUUGAUAAGAGGCUUGCUGCUGAUGGGAGAGGCCUUCAGGAUGUUCAGAUUAACGACAACUUCGCGAAAUUGUCGGAGUCUUUGUAUGUGGCGGAGCAGAAGGCGAGGGAGGCGGUGGCAAUGAGGUCUAAGGUUCAGAAGGAGAUGAUGUUGAAGGAGAAGGAGAGGAAAGAGCAGGAAUUGAGAGCCUUGGCACAGAAGGCGCGGUCAGAGAGGAUUGGAGGAGAGAGAAUUGGGGUGUCUGUGGCUGCGGCAGCCCUUCGGCGGGUUGCUGCUCUUAUUUAUUAUAUAUUGCGGGGAAGGGGGGUGUGGGAUGCUAUUUUUGCGAUUGCGAGGCUAAUUGGGGAGUGUUAA